CAGAAUCUGAGAUAUCGUCCACAUAGUCUUCGGGAUCACUGAAAUUCGGUUCUUCCGAGCCGCUAUCGCUGUCGUUGAGUUUCGAGCUUUCGUCGCUCUUAUCGUCUGUUUUUUUCUUGGCCAUUUUUCGGCACGAGGAGGAAAACUUGCCCUUUAUUUUAGCGAAAAGAAACUUAUCGGAUCAGCGUCGUGACAUUUGGAUCUGUCAGAUUGCUUUAACAGUGUUGCCAACCUCAUUUCAUUGACUUAAAAUAGAAAACGUCAAACUGACAGUACCGCAAGGGUUUUAAAAAAACAAAAAUAGCAGUGUCUGUGUGAUUAGUUUUAACACACACACACAUUACACAAAAAUAAACAUUUCUAUUCUCUUAAAUAAAUAAAUCAAAAUUAUGUGACUAAAAAUCUAUAAAUUAAGGUGUAUUUUACCACCGCAAUAAUGAACUUUUGGAAGCCGGAUAGGGAUAGUUCUGCCCUAACGGGAGCCCUAUGCGAAUACGUGCAAAGCCCUACAAAAUCGAACGAUACGUUGGAUUACAGGUCUGAAGGUAGCACGAGUGGAACAUCGACGCCCCAAUUAUUGGAAACUAGUCACAUUAUUGUAAUUGAGGAUUCAGAAAAGCCUGAGGAGGUGUCUUCUAAUGUUGAGGCAAAGUCCCUAGAGGAAGUCGAUACAGAUGAGGGGCCACCAGUUAAUAUUGACCAGGACAAAUUGAACUCGUUCAAAAAACGCGAAAUUAAAUGUCGCAACAUAAGAAAAACCAACAAUUCGCGACAGAGAACGGUGUCGCCGCCUCAAAGGCCCAAAAGCGUCGAAAAGAGCAGUAAAAACAAGUACCCUAACAAUUGGGCAGAGUACAAAGAGUCAGGCUUGAAUGUACAAAAGCAUAUAAAUCUCAAAUCUAAGCUUUCGAAAACUCUAAAAGAAACAAAGUUUGAAUUUCAAAAGUUUUUCAACUUUGAAACUCCAUCACCACCAAUAGAAGCAUUCAAAUACCAUUCUAAAAAUUUAGCUGUUUGGAUAGAUUUUCCAUUUUUAAGAUGUACCGCUACGCAGCCUCCAAUAAUCUACAGUGACAAGCAACCGGGCCAUUUAACCAGGCAACAAUUAUUCGCCAUGAUUCCGAAAAACAGGCAACAAAUGAUUGAAAAACUAAUGAAAUCUUCCAAGUGCCAAGUUGACUGUAAACCGCUCACAGAAAGAAAAUGGUAUAGCAAAACUUGGCCCAAAAUAGACAAAAUUGAAACAAAAUCUUUAGAAAAUUCGGUUGGCUUGUCGUUCCUACAAACCUAUUCUGAUGAAGAAAAUGUUGUUUCUCAAACACCUCCAGUUAAGGAAGAAAAAGAAGAAGGCGAAGUUACAGAUGACGAUUCCCAUAAUCAAUCAUUUAAUAGUGUGGUUGAGGAAGUAAAAGAAAUUAAAAAAAGCAAAGAGGAAUUACCAAAAAAUAAUAAAGAAGAAGUUCAAAAAAGUAAAGAUGAACUUGAAAAAGUGUCUGAGAGUUUAGUUAAAACUGAUAACGAAGUGCCAACUGAAAAGAGAAAAAAGCGUAAAAAAGUAAAAGCCAACAAAGUAAGUAGGAAGGUGAAAUCUAAGAAAAAGAAAAAAACAAAAAAAAAGACUUCACAAUCAGAUGACGACAAGAAACGUAAGCUAAAGAAAACAAGGAAAAAUUCCAAGGACAAAAGCAGUAGUAAGCAAAAGAAAAAAUCAGCAACCAAAAACGAUUCAAAGAAAAAAAAGAAAACCAAACCAGUUGAAGCAAAACCCCCAAAACUCGAAAUCCAUCCUGAUUACCAGGAUGACAUUCAAUUUUUUGCCGAUCGCCUGGACGCAGAACGACAACUAAAAGGUAAAACCAAACACAAAACAAAAUUAAACAUUAGUUUAGAGGAAUUCAAUUUAGACGACAGUGAGGAAAUAACAUCGACCGAGAAAAAAGAAGAAAUCAAAGUUGACCUGUUGAAAAUGAACGAGGAAUAUUUGCGCGAACAAAAAAGAAAAAACUCCAAAGAGCGGUCUUGUUCCAAAGAAAAAAGCAACAAACAUCCUAAAAAAGAAGUGGAUGAAGUAUUAGAAAACAUCAAACAAGAACAAAAUUCUUGGGAAUCUGAAGAAGAAGUUAUAAUAGAUGACCAAUUAAUUGGAACCCCCAUUGCUAAACCUUUAGACUUAGAAAUGCCCUUAAACAUAAAAACUUAUUGCAGAAGAGACAUUGAAAAUCAUUGUUUCGACAUUCCAACUACUCCAAAAAAAGGCCGCUGGGAUAUUCAAACUUCGACUCCAACAAAGAAAAUUGAAGUCUUAGAAGACGAAUAUGAAGAAUUCAUGAAGGCUGUUACUGAUACUGUAGUUGCUGAUAGCAGUUUAGAGGAAAUUAAACCAGUGCCGGCACCGAAAACAAUUCAAAAUCCAUUGAUCAAAAAUAUCACAAUUAGGUCUAGUACACCAAAUACUGUAACAUUAGGCGAACAGGAGAGUAUGUUAAUUCCUACACAAGAUGCUAGUUUGGGUCAAGGUGAUAUUGUGAAUACUUCAACCCCUUUGAAUAAUGAAGAUAUAGUGAAUUUGUCUAUGCCUGUUAUUGAUAAGAAUUUGUCAAUGCCUGUUAUUGAUAAGAAUUUACCAAUAAUUCCUCCUGUAGAUAAUGUAGCUACAAGUGAGAAUUUAUCAGUUUCAAAUGUUGUUACAACUUCAGAAGAAAAUAAGAUUGUUGUUCCAAUUGAGCCUGUUGUAAAUGUUGCAAAAGAUAUAACAAUUUCUUCUGCUAUAGAUAAUGUUCCUGAAAUUAGAAAUAAUACUACUAAUGAAGCCAUUAUGAAUUUAUCAAUUGCUGAAAAAAAUGUACAUGAAAGAAAAAUAACUUUUGCCAAUGAAGAUUUUCCAAUUAAUCAAAAAUCCAACAAUAUCGAUAAAGGAAUGAUGAACUUUACUAAAAAUAUUCCAGUGAUGAUAAAUCAUUGCACAGACAAAGAUGUUUUUAAUAUUCCCUUGGACAAAGAUAUCGAUAAUAUUGAAUCUGAGUGGAAAGAAACAUUUAAGCCCAUAAUGCUUCCAAUAAAAAACCUGUUGGGCUCAUCAAAGUUGAACUUAGAAGAUUUCGAUGGCCACACUGAAACAUUUGAGACUUUUAUCGAGGAAAACGACAAUAAACAUAGAGAGGCUUCACCCAAGCGUACCAAAAAAGAAUCCAUAAAAAAACCUAAAGAAUUAACUUCCAAAAAGCAAACCAGGCAAAAUUCUCCUAAAAGAAGACGUGAAAUUUCUCCUAUAAGGAGACGCAAAGAUCGCAAAAGAUCCCCUAUAAAACGCCACAGCUCGCCUAGAUCCAGACGCCGUCUAUCGCCUAGAAGGCGUCGCAGUCCAUCGCCAAGGAAAAAAUCCAAAUAUUCACCUUCUCGAGACAAAAAACCUAGAAGACUGUCCCCUUUGAAGCACCUACCAGAUUCUACAAUAAGUGAUGAUCAAUUAAGACAAAAACCACACGAAGACUCGCCUCAACGCCUCCCAUUGGACAUUCGGAUAAAUCAAGUUUUAGGUUUGGAAGCGCAACCACUACCUUCGCCAGAACAGUUUUACCAAUACAACAAUUUCGCCAAUGUUCCUAUAAGGCCUCAACCGCAACAAAGUAAUUAUAAACAGGUUGGCAACAUGUUGCAAAUUGUGCCAGUUGAACAGGAAUUGCCUCAGCAGCAAGCGUUUCAGCAUCCUCCGUUUGCUUCUACGCCGAGGUCGCAAAUACGGCAAAUUGGUAACAUGUUGGAAAUUGUACCUACGGAAAUGGUACCGGUAGAAGCUCAUCCACCACAGGUAGAGAUUGACAAUCUUACCAAGAAGAAAUCUAUAGUGCAAAUAAAAACCGAAAAAGUCGACGAAGAUCUCUGGUGCUCCUCAAACGAGGUGGACUCUAAUAAACUAUCAGCAGAGGCUGCGAUGCUCCAAAAAGAGGCCGAACGACUGACUGAAAGAGAAAACAGACGUAUUGAACGGGAAAAACGCAAAAAGGAAAAAGAACGCAGACGAAAGGAACGAGAAAAGUUGCGGCAAAUUAAGCUGAAAGCAAAGAACGAAAAAAUGAUAAAGAGGGCACUAGACUUGGAAAUUGAUCAAAUGCUUCAAGAACCUACCCAAGAUAACCCAGUAGAUCUAAUGAACCAUUAUACUGAUUUCAAAGGAAAAAGCAUUUUAGUUAAUAAAUUAAGUUCAUUAGAUUUUGAUAAAUCUAAUAAAGCAGUCAAAUUCGCUGACGGCAUAAGACCGGGCGAAGGUACAUCUCCAUCAGCAGGCGAAGAAUUGUAUUCGCCACCUCCACCCAUCCUACCCAAAGAAAAGCGAUUUAAAAAGACAUUGUUUGGCAAACAUAAGGGCAAAAAGAAGGCCAAAGUAAUCAAAAAGCAACCAAUAGUGGAAAGCGAUUCAGACGACGGUCAACCGCCACCUUCGCCGCCUCCCGGUUCGCCACCCCCUCACAUUUUCCCGCCUCGUAUCAAAGUCAAGCCGGUCAACAACGUACCAGCUGCCCUUUUGGCUUCUAUCAUACAAACAGCACAGCAACAACAAUUCAAUCAGUAUAGACCAACAAUAAAUAUGAUGAUGGCGCCACCUCCGCCGCUAGGUCAAAGUCCUAGUUUGCCUCCUGUUUCGCCUCAAAUGCAUCCGAGUAUGGCUGUGCCUCCUCCUCCAUUGCCUCCUCAAGCAGGUCACAGCAGACAUUUCUAGGAUAAUAUAUAGCUAGAUAUGGCCCUUUUUUGUUGGGCCAACUAUAGGAUUUAAUAAUUAAUUUGUACAUAAAAUGUUUUUGUUAUUUUAAUUAUGUGAAUGCAGAAUUGGAUUUUUAUAAGAUCAGAGUUUUAGGUUAAGUAAGGAUAUUAAAAUGUGGGUCUUUUAUCGUGUUUGCUUGUUUGUUAUCCCAUUAUUUUUUAGGGCGGGCUCAUUGACCUUCUGGUAAACUGUCAGGACUGAUGAAUGAAAACUUUAUUAUUAUUAGUCGGCCAAUUAUUUGCCAACUCACUUUGCCAUGUAUUUCAUAUAAUAAUUAUUGAGAACCAUGGGGUUCUUGCGAAUUUGUAACAAUGUUUAACCUUAGUAGUAAAAUUAUGAAAUUUCAAUUAUUUUUUUUGUCGAGAUUUUGUGUCCUAAUGGUCCCUCGUGAUACCCUGAACUCCAUUAACUAAAUUAUUCUCAAAUUUGACGCCGAAAUCUAUGAAAAAAGGCACUCAGAAAAAUUGAUAAAUCACCCCAAUAGCUUAACACGAUUUUAUCUCAGGAACUAUAAGUGCAAAUAAGCUGAAAUUUUCAGGGAUUGUAGCCCCUUCAUUGAGAUAAAAUUCAAUGAAAAUUUCAGCUUUCUAUCUAUAAUAGAAAAAAAGUUAUGUCCUUUCAAAGUUUUCCAAAAUCUAAAUCAUAAGGUAGGUACCUUCUUACUAAAACGAUAAAAUUUCAAAUUUUUUUUUGUCGAGAUUUUGUAUCCUAAUGGUCAAUCAACAUACCCCAAACUCCAUACACUAAAUUAUUCUCACAUUUGAAGCCGAAAUCUAUGAAAAAAGGCACUCAGAAAAUUGAAAAAUCAAUAAACCCAACCCAAAUUGUUUGACACAAUUUUAUUUUUGGAACUAUGUAU